AUGGAGAAUCUUGCUGAGAAAAAACGAAAGCUUGAGGCAAUCCGCGCCGCACGGGAAGCCAAGAAACGUGUAGUUGAUCAAUACAAAAUAUCUAAGGCACAUCCUCCGCCAUCCUCAAUACAUUCCUCCUUCUCUGCGUCAGCGAAUGCCUCAGGUUUAUCAUACCCAAAAUAUUCCACAUCCACGAUGGCGAAGAGUGUGACCAGUGAUCCGGCACCAAAUCCCAAAAUUUCCGAACUGGAGGAGUCUGCCUCAAAGGAAAUUGUUGGUCCCUCGCUGGAUUCCUUGGAUCCACCAAAGCCGACAAAGGUGGAAUCUAGCUACGACACGGAACCAAUGUCUAAAAAAAAACCUCCACUGUCGACCGAUGCCCCAGCAUGGUCCAACUCGGGCAGGGAUUCAAUACCCAAAGGAGGGUCCACUCAAACGGCGGUGUAUCAUGAACAUAGUAAUGUGAUAGAUGACUCACAGUUUACCUUGGAAGUAAACCCAGCAAAGGAAAAACAACCAAAUAGCUAUAGUUACCCUCAAUGCUUCGAUUGUUUCCGCCGCUGGUGUGGAUUGCAGUCUUCCGAUUAUGGGACUUCCGCCGCUAAGGUUACGGAGGUUUGUGCACUGACGCCGAAAAUAUGCCUGGGCGAUGAGGACAGGCUGGUGGUUGACAUCGCUGUGACCACGCUACACUACAAAGGCUGCAACACUGCAUCUGUUGGUGGACUACAGAAAUCGACGAUCCAGAAAGGAUCGGCAUCUUUCGCUGACUUUGUCCCCUGUGUUGCGGCUGCGUACGCACCUUUAAGUGUUUCCACCAUUAUGCAGGACGUCUCCACUACACCCGGUGAGGCUUCCGUUGUGGUAGCGAACGCCCACCAUCCGAUGGGGGAUCUGGGCUUGAUCCUGAGGUCGAGCCAUCUAUGGGGCCAUCCCUUCUCCACGGCAGUGCGGCCCAAUGCCUCUCCCACGUUUGCGCCGCUCGAGGCCGUGUCGACGCAGGUGCAUCAGGCGCCUGGGCUCGUGUUGGUCUGGACUGUGAUUCCUGACACAGGUGACGCGGACACUACCGCUCAGGCCUCAUUCAGCGAUGAAGUCACCGCACCAGUGGGGGUUAGCUCGCAGGACAUUGUCGUGCUCACGCCGCUCGUGUGUGAUACGGAGGUGACGACGCUGAUUGCCCAUCCCUUCGGCCCACCGGGGGUGUUUGUUGCAGGUACCACCAGCGGGGGGCUGGUAAUGUGGAAUAUUGCUGCGGCAGAAUGGUUCGGGCUUGAUCGGAGGCAACUUCGCGCUAGAGCCCUGAUGUCAACCGGGUCAGCCUCGGUACUGGUAGGUAACGUUCAGCGACCAUCGGCAUCGUCCUUCCCGUCGCCACAACUUCAUCAAAGCCGUGUUCUUGCAUUAGCAGUACAUGGCAACAUAAGUAAUCAUUAUCUCUACUCGAUUAGUCAAGAAGGACGUGUGUGCACCUGGCAAGGCUGGCAGACCCUGCAACCUAUUGUGGCCCGCAGCGCCUACUUCGAGGGUGGUGUGUUCAUGGGUAACGUUGGGACUGCCGCUGUCUUUGCGGGUCAGCGUGGCAGCGACUCCAUGACAAAGGUUUACAUAGGGACUUCUGACGGCGCCUUAAUUGAGGGCUUCAAUCGUAACGAUAGGACCAUCGAGCUCCAUCGUUGUCAGUUGGAUAAAAAGGUAAACGGCUACAUUGGCCCGGAGCCGCUGGAACAUAGUAGUGGAAUUGUGCCUAGAAACAAAAGCAUAUCAGAUACCCGGGGAUCUCAAGUUUUCGUCCCGUUGGUUUCCUCAACGGGACCAUCGUUAGGCUUUUCAGGGCCUCUUACGGACACAUCUGAGUCGGUGGCAUUUAGAAGCGUCCGAGAUCGUGGCCGUGUAAUAGCCAUGGCGUUACAACCUCCACCCACUCACGUUUCCUUUCGCGAUCACGACUGCGUCGUCGUUGCUUUUGCCCACGGCAGCUGCGUAGUCUAUAUGGGGGACACUAGCAUUGUGAUAGAUGACUUCGUGACAAUGGUGACAGCAUUACGGUGGUCCCCUACUCACCCGGGCAUUUUUGCCGCUGCUGACGCUGAGGGCGUGGUCAGCUUGUGGGAUGUUUACUAUUCUUUCUCCGCUCCACUGCUAUCUGUGCGUCUGGAACAGGCCUCGGUCGGACUUGGCUACGGGUCACCGUCCGGUGUUGAGGCGGCCGUUCUAUCAAUGAAAGGAAGGAACGCGUUGGGAUCAUCGCUUGAUGUCGGUUCAAGUUCCACUAUGAGGAUGCCUUCUGCUAGUCAUGCACCACAUAUCCCCUCAACCAUGGAUGGCACCACAGAGGCCGUUACGUCUUUGACUUUUUCAGCCGAUGGGCGAUGGCUGUUCUCGGGUGUGACAGCAGGGAACGUGUAUGUGCUUGAGCUAUCAGAAGAACUAGCGCAUCGUGAGAGGGGGCCCUGA